AUGAUGGUUCACGUUAGAACCCGAGAGACAGUCGACACCGUCAUCGGCUUGCUAUCCACAAAGCUCCCGGUAGAGCUGGCCUUGGACAUCAUCGAGCUAGCAGAAUAUUACCCUUAUUCAAUCAUCGGAUCACGAUCAGGAACCUCCAAUUGCUACUUCUAUCUAAGCAAGGGAACGAAAACGUAUUUAAUCGUCCAAAUCCCAUCUCUCGAUUCAAUAAAUAGCGGGGAAGGAGAUAUCCAACAAAACGCUGGAGAACAACAACGCGAACCGAGAAAACGGGUGGUCCGGAAGAUUGUCUUUAGAACUUCAAGUCACGAUCAAGGAUAUGGCGGCGAAGCUGGAUGUCAGGGCACUUAUAGAGGUGCAUUUAGUUGGUUGAGUGCGGACAUUUGGCGGAGGAAGACGGAAAACUAUAAAAAAGAUAUGGAAGCCGCUGUUGCGAGCGAAGCAAAGAUUAUCGAGGCAAACGGCGGGGAUAUUGAUGAUGAAGGAGAAUAUCACCACUGGUGCAUGCAUCAUGGAUAUACUAAAAUUGGAGAAGAAGAGGAUCAAGAUGAGAGUGAUGACGAAUAUUCCGAACCAGAUCCUUCCCCAGAGCAGCCUUAUGACGGCGAACAACAAGAAGAAGAAGAAAAGACGCUGGAGGCCGGACAACCGUUCCUACAGGGGGUUCGAAAAGCAAAGCAAGGUUAUUAUAAAGUCGGGAGCUGGGUAAUUCAAAGGAAUGUGUGUGCAAAACCUAUUUGGACGGAUCAUGAAAUUGUUUGGGAUGCUACGGUAGAUGGCCCCGGACCAAACGUAGAACUCUGGGAGAGCCAGGAUGGGUAUAAAGAUGAAAAUGGACAACUGAUGGCUACAGGAUGGCUGAAAAAUGGGAGAGUAAACAACAGUAUUUUUGUAAAGGAGUUAAGGGAAGGAGAUGAAGUGAGGGUUAUGUUGCAGGCUCAAUUUGGGGGUUGGAGCUGCACUGCGUCCCGCUGCGAGGUUGAGUGCUGGUGGAAUCUUUGA